AUGCUGAACUGGAAGGUGAUUUUCGAAGACCGUCAGAACGACGGGAAAAAUAUCUGCAUCCAUAGUUCUGCUAUGGAUCGCGUGUCAUCUUCCGAGAUUCUCGCCAAUUACACGAAGGAUCCCCUCGUUUGCCGAUUGCAGAGGCGGAUGCCGAAAAGGGAUGACUUCUGGGAUGCACUCUCUAACCACUACGACUACCUUAUGGACGAUCAGCUGAUAACCAGCUGCAGGCGUCUGCUCCUGCCUCACGGUAAACUGGCAGCGUUGCGGCCGCCGCUUGGUCGGCGCCGUUGGUUUAUUUACAUCGGGGUCGAAUACAUAGCACAGCGAUACCACAUACCACCACGGUUCCUCGGUGGAAAGUUGACGCUUUCUCGCCGGACCUCAGAAAAGCGGCCUUUCUGGCUAUCUAUCAGUUCGUUCGUUCGUUCCGUACCAUGUGAAGCAGACUACGAACUCUCUCUGUGUCCAGAUGAAGGUAUGUCCUCCUUGGACUCAUCGUUGCCGUCUCUCUCUACACCACUGCCACCUUUCGUUCAACAAAGUGCCGUGACCCUCACUGCCAAAGGACUCGUGCAAAAGCUCGAGGAAGUUCUUCUGUGGCUCCAAGAAAUGGAGGCCAGAAUCGAUGGCGAAACCAACAUCGACCGCCGAGGAUCGAUGGCUAGAAGCUUCCGGAACGACCUGGAGACUUUCAACGAGAGCAAAGAACGGUUGUUACGUGACGUUGAAGUGAUGUCUUCGUCGAUCCUGGAGGACUUCAGAUCCGAAGUGAUUUCUCUAUCGAAUCAGCUGACAGCCCGGUGGAAGAAGGCUGAGGAUUCGACUCGAGUUCGCCACGACGCCAUUGACAACGACAAGAUUUUCCAUGAUGUUAAGUUCGACAUGCGAGCACUACGUCGUUGGCUACGUGACAUGGAAACGAGACUCCCGACGCCAAAAUCUGUGCCAUCAUACUGGACCCUACACGACCUGAAAACCAAACUGGAAAACCAAAAGACAAUCCAAGCCGAAAUCGAAUCAAAAGGUCAUCUCGUGAAAAGUCUGUUGAGACGGUGUGAGCAACUCCGAGUCUCUGAAGGAGCCAACACUCGGGUAUCUCGUAUCGGCUUCGGCUUAGAUCGCGUGGCGCGAACCGUUGGUUUUCUCGAGAAGAAGUGGCAGACGCUUUGGUUGACGAGUCUCGAGUGGCAGUGUCUGGUGGAGCAGCUUCUGGACUCUCAGCAGGACCAAGCCGUCGCGGCAACUCCGUCUGUAUCGUCGGGAGACACGUGGGAUGAGCCACGGAACAAGCUGCCUCGUCUCGACCUCACAUUGAACCCUAGAGGUCUACAAGAACCUCGGGGCAUGACAGACAACAUGGAAGUUUUCGGAAAGUCGCUCACCGACCCGAAACAUCACACCCCGCUGAAACACAAGAUUUUGAAUCAGGACGGGGCCGCCGCUGGAAGUCAGCCGUACGCGACCCAACUCAAGCGACCACCGUCGGGGAAUUACGAAGGGGGUCAAGAUGUUGGGUACAGCUCGGAGAGCUCGACGCAGUUAUCAGCAGAGGAAAAACCCGAUCUCAUACGGAUCUACUCGUUCACACCUGAAAGUACAACGCCGGAGAGUCCCGACAUGCCGUCGAGGGAUUCCGGUCUCAGCGGAGGGGGCUCACCCCGAAAGUUCCCCUUGUCUUCAAAGUGUUCGCCGAUCGACGACACUCUGAAGGAAGUGAUCGACGAAGACUACAUUUCCAGUCCCGGUCUCCGGAUCUCGGGUUCAGCGGCGGACUUCUACACGCUGACGACACCGAUCGUCGACAGCGAUGGUGAACCGACGAAGCCUACCGACCUGGACGAUACGCUCACUUCAGAGAAAGAAUCGUGCUCUCCUCUGACGGAGCCGCACUCGGUCACCAUCGACGAUCAGGUUGUUCAACUUCGACGUAAGCCCGCCUCGCGUCUUUUCGCCCCUCUAGAGUUUGACGAACGCAGUGAGAACAACAACAGCAACAACAAUAAUCCGAAGAACAAAGCGACUCGAGUGAAAGAAUGGCUGCAGAGUUGCGAACAACGGAGGCCGAUAGUAGAGGCAGACGUGACGCAAGAGGAUGAAGAAAUGACUCAACAAGACAGUUGUGAUGCGAGCGGUGAACUGACCAACGAAUCCGAAAGUGACAGCGAUAGCGACGAUCGACAGAAAUCGACGAAUACGUUGAAUGCCGCCAUGUCGGUCGAAACUAUCACAACGACGCCAACUGCAGCGCUUGCGUUCACAAUGCCAUCUGCCGAUUCAGAGAAGCCGCCAAAGGUUAAUCUGCGGAGUGGUCAAAAACGUCGCUCAAGAGAUAGGCCUUGGAGCGUCACUGAAUUACAGGGACAGAUCGGCAACAGCUCUUCUCUGCGAUCAGCUCUUUCCACCAGCACUUCCAUGACUGCUUUGAACGAUUCGAGCAUCGCGACGGGUUUCGCCGCCGAACGCAAACGACACAGCCGAGCCUCGAAAGCUAGGGAGUCCGCCCUGUCGGGCUCCGAGUCCGAGGACAACGUCAGCGUGACCACUGGAACGGUCCACAAAAAGAAUCCUUCGACCACAUCGCUCAUCAAUCUUUGUGAAGCGUUCCCGACGAGCACGAAAGAGAAAACCACACCCGUUCGAAAGAAGCGCCUCGGUUCGAAAAUCCUCAAAGCUAAAAGCAAGUGCACCGGCUACUCGAGUGCCAACGAGACGGGUUCACAGGUCCCGACCCAUCAGGCGGUCAGCGAGUCCGAGAAAAAAUGCCCCGGGGAUCAAGGAUCAGUGGUUUCUUCGGAUAACAUGUGGGAUGAUUAUCAGGAUCCGCUUUACUAUUCGGAACACUAUUCCGAGAAAGAGAUGGAUGAUGAGACCGUGAAAAGACUCUUAAAUUUCGGCGAUGACUACCGAUCCUUCAUCGGCUCCACAUCCGACACCUCUUCGCUGAGCGGCUUGAGAGUGCGAAGCGGAAAGAAGAAAACCGGAAUCCGCUCCGAAGAUUCGAUACGCGACAGCGAAAGCGAACAGGAAAAAAUGAAGGAAGACCAAGCGUUGGACGUGGUCAAAGAAGACGUUAAUGAAAUGCUGACUCGCUCAAGUAAAGCUUUUGCUUACGUCUCAAAUUCAGUCAGAAAAUCUCCGAAGUCGAACAAUUUGUUGUCUCCGGAUAAGUUGAGCGAGAUGGAAGCGACAUGCCUUUCACACCUCCAGUGCCUUCAAAUAAUUAAGAUCAGAAUCUCCAUCGCGCCGGAUUCAUCGGAACUACUCCGUGAACUGAUCGAGAGAUGGCAAUUGCUGCUGUGUGACAUCCAGUCGAGGGAUUCGACGCUCAAUGGAGAGAAGAUGAACCUGAGCGACAACAACAAAAUCGGGAGCAGUCUUUUCAAGAAGUCUCCCCAUAGGGAUGAAAACGUCAGGGAAGACAUCGACAAGCUCCGCGAUGAAAUGUCCCAAAUGGAAUGUUUGUUGAGCGGACUCGAAUCACUGGACGACCGCAGCACAGAUUGCCGGAAACUCGACGAACGAAUCGCCGCUCUGAAGAAAAUACUUGCGAAUCUGCAGCCUCUGAAAUCGUCGCUCUUGUUCGUCAAAGUGAAAGUCCAUCGGUUGGCGGCAAGUAAAGAUGAUCCACAGAACUUACUGACUGCCAGCGUGCAUGAUCUCUACAACACCUGGGAUACUCUGUACGAAAGAACUUGCCAAAUGUUGACAGAACUUCAGCAGAGCAGGAAUAUUCUGAAAGAUGCGAGAAAGAGUUUCAGUCCAAAGAUCACAGACUUGGAUAGUACUGAGCCGUCGCUCAUAUAUGAGGCCUUCACCCAGAUGGAGUUGUGCAAGCCCAGCGUCGCCGAUAUUCCGGAUCUGGCUUCAACAAUCAACUUGAGUGCAAUGGAAGUUGAUCAAGACUAUGACUCGACCUACGAGAGUGAAGAGGAAACGUCUCGAGGAGGGAAUUCGAUCUGGCGAAUUUUCAAAGCAGCCCUGCCAUUUCAAGUCGCCCUGGUGAUGCUGUAUUGCGUGGCCUAUUUGAUGGAGCCUCAUUGCUGCGAUGUGGGCAACUCUUGGCAGAGUUCCUUCGGACCCCAACUGCGGUACGAGCAAGGACACCCGCCAGUAUAGUUAUUCGGCGUCAUCCAAGUUUUUACUUAAUGUACACUCGGACACGAUAUGGUACAAUAGUCGAUGCAUACAUAUAUCGUCUGCAGUCGUGUAGAGUUGAAGGAUAGUCGAACAGGGCACUAACUAUGAAGGCGAAAAAGCAGCACACGUCCGAUGCCUGGCCGGACUCUCAACAUGGGCAAUGUCACUCGGACGUUAGGCUCUAGAACGAACCGAGCACAAAAAAUUGUACCUUGAAUUUGCGGCCCCCGCUUGGUUUAUGAACAGGGCAUGUAUUGCGUAUUGCGGGGUCGAUGGGAGAGCUGGAGGAGUCGGGAGAUAUAAUUAU